AUCUGCUCGUUAUAUCCUCCAUAUGUCUGUACAUGUUAUAUAGAUUUUUUUUAUCAGGUGACUGACGCUAAUAGUGGAGCAACCACAUUUCCGAAUGGAGAUUAAUCAGUCAAGGACAUCUCUCGAUAAUCAACAGGUACGUCUAUUUGGCGAUGGGAGGAUUCAUGCUGGCUAUUGCAACAAUGGGUCCAUAUAGCUCACUGCUGUUCCUGAGUGCUAUUAAACUGCUGUUACUGAUCCACUAUAUACAUCCAAUGCAUCUUCAUCGGUGGAUUCUGGGACUGCAGAUGUGUUGGCAAACCUGCUGGCAUUUGUACGUCCAGUACCAGAUAUACUGGCUUCAAGAGGCACCAGACUCAAGGCUUUUACUGGCCAUAUCUGCACUCAUGUUGAUGACCCAGAGGAUUUCCUCUCUAUCACUCGAUUUCCAAGAGGGGACGAUCUCCAAUCAGUCAAUCCUUAUUCCAUUCCUAACCUACUCGCUUUAUUUCCCUGCCCUUCUUGGAGGUCCACUUUGCAGUUUCAAUGCUUUUGUUCAGUCUGUCGAGCGUCAACACACCAGCAUGACUUCAUAUUUAGGAAAUCUCACUUCAAAGAUAUCACAAGUUAUAGUUUUGGUGUGGAUUAAACAGCUUUUCAGUGAGCUUUUGAAAUCUGCCACGUUUAACAUCGACAGUGUUUGUCUUGAUGUAUUGUGGAUUUGGAUCUUUUCGCUGACACUUAGGCUUAAUUACUAUGCACACUGGAAGAUGAGCGAGUGUGUUAAUAAUGCUGCAGGAUUGGGUGUCUAUUUUCACAAACACAGUGGACAAACAUCAUGGGACGAGCUUUCUGAUGGGAGUGUUUUGGUGACUGAAGCAUCCAGUCGUCCUUCGGUUUUUGCGCGAAAGUGGAACCAAACCACGGUGGAUUGGCUUCGAAAAAUAGUCUUCAACAGGACCAGCAGAUCUCCACUGUUCAUGACUUUUGGGUUUUCUGCACUGUGGCACGGUCUUCACCCUGGGCAGAUUCUGGGUUUCCUCAUUUGGGCCGUCACUGUGCAGGCGGACUACAAACUGCAUCGCUUCUUGCACCCGAAGCUUAACUCCCUGUGGAGAAAACGGCUGUAUGUGUGUGUAAACUGGGCCUUUACUCAGCUGACCGUCGCAUGUGUUGUGGUCUGUGUGGAGCUUCAGAGUUUGGCAUCAGUUAAGCUGCUCUGGUCUUCGUGUAUUGCUGUGUUUCCACUGCUGAGUGCUCUGAUCUUAAUAAUCCUCUGAGAAACUGAAUUAUAGUAUUGAAUAUGUUCAUGUCAAACAGUUUCAUAAAAACUUAAAGGGUUUA